AACCAUUCCUCUGUACUCUCUCUUGUCCUUGUUUCCUGUUCUUCCUAAUUCUCGUUUGAACACUCCCAUAAAUUUGAAGCAAAAGAGAAGAAGAAUCAAUGAAUAAAGCGCAGAGGCUGCUGAAUCCCCUGUCCAUGAUACUGAGAAGAACAAUUACUUCAAUUUCUCAUCUCUCUCUAUAUAAUUCAGGCUCACUUGUUCGCUGUUUCGAUGUUCCUUCGCCUUCUUUUGUCGAAGCUUCUAGUGGAGUUCUUUUAAGCUCCAGGCGAAGUUUUCUCGGCGAUUCGAAAUUUUCAGAGAAAUGUUUUUGCUCGGAAUCUGCAGAGAAGAUCAGUGCUCGAUGCUGGAACUGCAAUGCCGCGGCUCAGUCGGCGCCGUUUCUGUUCUGUGAGUCUUGCCGGAGCAUUCAGCCUGUUGAUCACUCGGUCGAUUACUUCCAAAUUUUUGGAUUGGAGAAGAAGUAUAUGGCUGAGGUUGACAAUCUGGAGGGGAAAUACAAAGACUGGCAGAAGAAACUGCAUCCUGAUCUAGUUCAUUCAAAAUCCGAGUACUUUCUAUAUUUUCGUCAGAGAGAGAGAGAGUAUGCUGCUGAGCAGUCUGCCAGGGUUAUUGAUGCAUACAGGACGAUUACCAAGCCACUUUCAAGGGCAAAAUAUAUGAUGAAGCUUGAUGGUUUAGAUGUUAAUGAAGAAGAGACAAUUUCAGAACCAGAGUUACUGGCUGAGGUAAGCUAUAGGAAUUUAUGUGGCUUAGAGGUGAAAAUUUAUUUAUAUCACUUGGGUAUUUGACCACUCAAUGUAGUUCCGCAGAAUGGUCCGUGCAUCUUUUUCUCAUAGUAAACAUUUUGGUAAGAGUGAUGGGGGAAGAGAAGAUUAUUUCCCUUGUUCAUAUCCAACAGGAGCUGUGUCUUCCCUUAUGGCUGUUUCAUUACAUGAAAUUUUUUAUGUUUAAUGGAGUCCU